AUGGGAGUCGGAGGUGUCGUUCUUCGCUUCUUUAACCUGGCCAUCCGGAUCCUGCAGUUCCUGGAUUCUGCAGUGAUCCUCGGCAUCUUCUCCUACUUCCUGGCCAAGCAGGCUCAGCAUGAGCUGGGUAUUCCUCGCUGGAUGAAGGCCGUGGAGGGUCUCUCAGGAGCGGCCACGCUGUAUGCCCUCCUGGGAUGUCUCUUCACCUGCUGCCUCGGAGGUGUUGCUUUCUUCGCCGGCCUGGCCAUGGCCCUCGAUGUUUGCUUCAUAGGUGCCAUGGUUGCCAUCGCCGUGAUGACCCGCGAUGGAACCCAGAAAUGCCACGGUACUAUGAACACCCCGCUAGGAACGGGGGAGGAAAACGCCGAUUCCCCAUCCGGCGUGCAGUACGGAUUCGCCUGUCGCCUGAACAAGGUUGUCUUUGCCGUCUCCAUUAUUGGAAUAUUCUUCUUUCUCAUCUCCAUCCUCUUCCAGUUCCUUCUUGGCCGUCACCACAAGCGCGAGAAGCGUUUCGGCCCUUCUCCCACCAACAACUACACGUAUGGAACUCAGAAGCGCCGCGGCUUCUGGCGCCGCAACAAGACUGCGCCCGAGGCUAACGGUGACGACACUCUCCCUGGACAUCCAACCCCCCAAGAUGUCGAGACGGGACCCGCUACGGAGGAGAAGCAAGGGUGGUUUAACCGCUUUGGCCGGAAGAAUGAGGAUCCUGCCGCCGCGCCAAAUGGUUACGCGGCUCCGGCCCCUGCCGCCACGGGGUACGGCAACUCGGCCUAUGGUAACUCUGCCUACACGGGCAACUACUAG